CCAUGAGUUUGCGUUAGCUCCGGGCGCUACUGUAGCUGCUAUGUCUACUUGUUUGUCUGCUCCCAUUACUGCGGGUGAUGUUGCCUCAGGAGGAAAAGUGAAAUCCAGGCUGGAGACGCAGGGAGGAACUUGCGAAGUGAUCGCCGCUCACAGGUGCUGCAACAAGAACCGCAUCGAGGAGCGUUCGCAGACGGUCAAAUGCUCCUGUUUGCCCGGGAAAGUGGCCGGGACGACACGCAACAAACCCUCCUGCGUGGACGCGUCCAUUGUAAUUGGGAAGUGGUGGUGUGAGAUGGAACCAUGUCUGGAGGGAGAAGAGUGCAAGACUCUGCCUGACAACUCUGGAUGGAUGUGCUCGUCUGGGAACAAGAUCAAGACCACAAGGAACACCCAGCCAUACUCCCCUUUUUAGCUUCUGGAAGCAAAAUGCAGAGGAUGCGUCAACAGAAAUUGAGCUGCAUUCUUGCUUCUGUAAAGAUUCACCCCAGGACCUAACAGCAAGCUCCCGGUUGCAGGACUGUGCGCCAGGCUCCACACCCUUUCUGAACUUUUUGUCUCCUCCUGUUGAACUGACUAAAACUAUCACAUCCGUGGCUACCGACUGGCUUACCCCGGGACCGUGGAAAGGAUAUCCAUCCAGAUAAAACAGCUUUGCUCACUUGGUGCCAAGGAUUUGAAACAUCACUAAUCCCCCGUUUGAUCAAUGAGCUCCGCGUCGGUGACUCUCUCCUCUUCCUGUGGCCAGUUUCCAAACCUGCUCUCUUUGUGUUUCUUCACUCUGUCUUUACCUGAAAGCCUGAUGCAACUUAGCAGGGGCUCAUUUAGAGGCUGGUAAAAUACUUUGAAGACAAUCUCCCGGCCCACCCGGAAGUUGAACCAGUCGAGGGGGGCACACAAAAGUAAACGCGAGACUCGCACAAGUGGUUGCGCAGUGGAGUCAAAUCGACCCUCAUUUUCUGUUAUUUCUGUGCAGAAAUCAUUCGUGUUUGACUCGCUGAUGGAGACAGACGCCAUUUCUGUGAGUGCAGGAGAGGCAGGACUCUCGGUACCUUGGACCUACUGGCUGCCUGUGAUGAGAUACGAGGACUCUCCUUCUCCCGGUCUGACUUUAUGGCCUCGAGCUUCGUCCUCCGUAAGGGACACGUUGGCUUUUACUGCCGGGCAUGCCCAAUGUAGAUUUCAUGAGCACCACAUUUAUUUUAUGUAAGAUCAUUUGUGUAAAUAAACACAUAAAUACACAAAGUACGCUGCAAGAUGACAGAUCCAAGAGGCUGAUAAAUGUGCCAUCCUAAUGAAACAUUGACCAGUUCCAACAGGAGCCGCUUCACAAUGUACGCUUGUGUUGGGGUUGUGAAUGAAUUGUAAUGAUGAGUUCUGGGAUACUUUUCUUUUUGUCAUUCAGCGAUGCUUUCAGUCGGGCACCGGCAAUGCUCGAUGAGGAAAAACAAUGUAUAGAUCCGCCUCACGUGUGGAAAAGCAGAGCUGACGACGCUUUUCGACCUUUUGGGCCCAGACGCAGCAGGGACUCGGAGCGGCUGUGGAUAAAAUAUGAGCAUGAUCAUAAGAAACGGGAACCGUGUCUCUCUCACGCACGGCAGACAGAAGAUUUGCUUACGACGACAGAGAGAAAGUAUUAGUCCCAAUGGAGAAAAAUAGCUAUCCCCCAGUAGAUAUAAGACAGCCUUAUGAGAAAUAAAAUUUGUUUUCUAUACUGAAAUGUUGUCCUCCGUUUCUCCCGAACGUCGCCGUGAAAGAUGUUCCUCUGAUCAUGGUUUGAUAUGUCGCAGUAUGUGGGUGGAAGAUCUUGUCAAAGUUUCAUUUACAUCAUGUGAUAACUUUGUGUGAGCAGAGUGUUUUUUGUUUGUUUUUUUUUUUGGGUGGGGGGGGAGAUGGUGUUUUUUUGCUCGAGUAAACAGACAAUCAACUUCUGCGCAAAGAGAGUUAGAAAAUGACUUCCGGGCAGAAGACACGGCGCUGUCUGCCGCAGUCACAAACGAAUCUGCGAUGCUUCAUUUACACAAUCCCCUCGGCGGCAGAGUGGAUUUAUCAAAACAGAACAUUCAAUUCAUUCAUGCAAUUAGAAUAAGGAUUUUCAAUAUCGGCUGGGGGGCGGGCAAAAUUCCAGAUGAUUUUCAAUAUCAGCCUCCUCUCUCUCAGCUGAUAUUAGAUUCGUCUCUGGUCCCCGUGGACGAGCUGGCGCACAUUCAUCAUUUAGGAACGUGGCUAGUUUGGUGGCGCACGGCGCCUCGCUGAGCAGUCACAGAAGGUAUGAAAGAGACAGACACAUCAAUCUCCCAGCGGCCUUGCCAGAAUCAUGAAGGAAUAUGCAAACUACGGAAACAAACAACAAAAACAUACGAGAGCUGUUUUCCGCCUUGGCUCCUCAGCGGGUCGCCUUCUUUGUUUUUCAGAUUUUUCGUGGAGUUUAACUUGACUUAAAGAAAGGUAAUUGGAAGAGUUUGUGAUUGGGAUGCACUGAGGAGUUGCCUGGCAACCAGACUAGUCUGAUUCACAGCCCUUACCUCAAGAAGUCAAAAGCGCGAUCUUUCCCUGUUUAGCAACAACUUCACAUGUGCAGGUCAUGCUAGCAGCUUUUAGCAAGCUACUCAAGGGAAACGCUAGCUAUUUUCAUUUUGUCUAGAUGAAGUCAGAGGAAGCAAAGAAGCUGUGAGAAUAUUUUCUAUAGAUGCAUUUCAGUUAUUUAUUCAAGAUGCUACUAUUCAAUAUUUAGCUCUUUCAUAGAUCAUUCCUGCCUCGGGACCAUUUAGGUUGUUGAAUGGACCUGAAGCUGACAUCAGCAGAGACUGCACUUCAACUUUCAACCUUUGUCACUGGUUUGAGAAAUUAUAGAAGUUUGUUUAAAACCCUUCGAUUUAAUUUGAGUGAAAAUAAGGAGACCAUCAUAUUCCUUGUGAUGUUUGUCUAGAUGAGUCUCUCGCCUCGUACUUAAGCUCAGAGAUUUUUCACCACAGUCUAUUAGGGAGUGAUAAUAUGCCAGUUUAAAUGUUAUCUGCUCAGAAGCAAACAGGAAGGACUGAAAAGUAAAUUCUCAACAGAAUAUCAAUGCAGUUUUGUGUCCUUGUUGUCCCUGGGAGAUCAAUUACCCACAUGGGGGAGAAAAAAAAAACAAAAGAACCCACCUCAGUUCACUUAAGCUUUCUUAUCCUUAUUUUUCUUUAACUUGUGAUCCAACCCGUUGUUUUCUUCAUCCACUAUCUGACUUUUUAAGCUUCCUCGGUCGAGGCGGUCACAAAAAUCCGUGGAGCUUCCAGAGAAUCCCGGGUGCAGAUGGGGGGAUUUAGAGACUUUUUGUCAGUGCAUUUAUAAAUGUUAACAUUGUUUAUGCUAAUUGCUAAUAUGGGAUGCUAAAGACAGUUUAAAAUUUCACCUCUUUACAGAAUGUGUCGUUAUAAGGCUAAUAUUGUGUAGCCCCACCGUCUUCAAAUCAGACAUCUGUGUCAAUCAACCCGACUAUGUUUGUGCAGCACAAUUUUUGUUUGAUUUUUUUGCUGAAAGUUACAUAGGGAUUAGAAAAUGAAGAGUUUUUUUGUUUUUCUAUUACCUUUCACGCUCUUCUUUGCCGUUUCACGGUAGUGAUGCUGUGGAGGGAGGUCCUGGUCCACGUUUAACCGAGGAAAACAGAACUCCGUGUUUAAAAAAAGCGGGUUUGGGCCUCCCUUCCUCUUUGCUCUGCUGCAAUCCUACAAAAAAAAAAA